GGAGGAGUCUGUCAGCAAGCAGCGGGGCGAGGAGCGAAUUAAACAUCAUUUCUGCAACCGAAGACCGAAUUAAACUAAAUUCUCGCAUUUAGAAAUCGAAGUGAACGUCUUCACGCUGUGAAUGGAUCAUGGAGUGUCUUCCUGCUGUUCUAGAUGAUUUGGAUUGUAAAAAGGAGGCGCACAUAGAGGAUCCUGAAUUUAAUGUGUACACCCGCUUCAUGAAGUCCCACCGCUGCUAUGAUCUGGUACCAACUAGUUCCAAAUUAGUGGUGUUUGACACUUCUCUCCAGGUGAAGAAAGCAUUCUUUGCUCUCGUGUCUAAUGGUGUGAGAGCAGCGCCGCUGUGGGACAGCAAGAAACAAUGCUUUGUUGGUAUGCUGACCAUCACCGAUUUCAUCAAUAUACUUCAUCGCUAUUACAAAUCUCCACUGGUCCAGAUAUACGAGUUAGAAGAGCACAAAAUAGAGACCUGGAGAGAGGUUUACUUACAAGAUUCCUUUAAGCCUCUAGUGAGCAUAUCACCCAAUGCCAGCCUAUAUGAUGCAGUUUCAUCUCUACUAAAGCAUAAGAUCCACAGAUUACCCGUCAUCGAUCCUCUAACGGGAAACGCUCUCUACAUCCUUACGCACAAGAGGAUCCUCAAAUUCCUCAAACUCUUUAUAUCUGAGAUCCCCAAACCUGCAUUUCUGUCUCAAACACUGGAGGAGCUGAACAUCGGGACGUUUGACAACAUCGCAGUGGUACACUCCGAUACGCCUCUGUACGCCGCACUCGGCAUCUUCGUGGAGCAGAGAGUGUCUGCUCUUCCUGUGGUGGAUGAAAAUGGACGUGUGGUCGACAUCUAUUCCAAGUUUGACGUUAUAAAUCUGGCAGCUGAAAAGACCUACAAUAACCUGGACAUCACCGUGACUAAAGCGCUCCAGCAUCGCUCGCAGUAUUUCGAGGGUGUGCUGACCUGCAGAGCCAGCGAGACGCUCCAGGCCAUCAUCAACAGACUGGUGGAGGCCGAGGUUCACAGGUUAGUGAUCGUGGAUGAGCAGGAGGUUGUGAAGGGCAUCGUGUCUCUGUCUGAUAUCUUACAGGCCUUAGUUCUCACCAGUGGAGAUGACGGAAGUGCUUGAUGGAAGUAAACAAGAGUUCAGACGAGCGUCUCUGUAAGUCUUGAUCUAUUGGAAGAGCCCCAGGAAAAAGAGGGAAAAUGCAAACAUCCCAAAAAACAGGAGUUAAUAAAAGCACAACCCAUUUAUCAGAAAACAAACAGCUUUUAUAAUGAGACACUUUUUUUUAAAUGACUGAGCCCAAAACUCUCUGUACCAAUUCAGAGAGUUUUAAUAAUAGAUCAUCAUUCAGGAUCAUUGAAUUCUGCUUAGAUGGAAAAAAAAGAUUAGAGACAGAAAUGAGGUCAAAAGGUCAAACCUGGAAUAAGCAUUGACUUGAUAAAGUGCAGGAGGAGGAAAUGGUGUGUUUUACAGGGUAAUGUAGCGUGUUUUCUCUAUUGAUAUUGAAAAGAUCCUUCAGUCUGGACUGUUUCUACACUACACUGAUCUGAGAGCAGUAUUCACAGCCACUUCUGCUUCCUUUACAAUGUGAAUGUAAGGGGAAUGAUUUGAUGAUGUUGAUUUUUAAUCAGUUUUUAUUUAUAUUCAUUUACAGCUCUGUGAUAUUAAUUAACAUCAUAGGGUGAGUGUGUGUGUUUGUAUAGAGUUGACAGUAAAAAUGUUUAGCCCUCCUGUGAAUUUCUAAUCAUAAUAGUUUUAAUAACUAAUUUCUAAUAACUUUUUUCUUUUAUCUUUGCCAUGAUGACAGUAAAUAAUAUUUGGCUAGAUAUUUUAAAGAGAUACUAGUAUUCAUCUUAAACCUUAAUUAUACUGACCUUAAAAUCCCCCAAAAAUAAUACAAAUUAUUUCUUAAAGGAACUAAUAACGCUGACCUUAAAGAUCCCCCAACAAUAAUAAAAUAAUAAUAAUAAUAAUUUUCAAAGGAGCUUAUAAUAUUGACCUUAAUAAGUCCCCCCAAAAAUAAAAUUAUAAUUUCUCAAAGGGGCUAAAUAUUUUGACCGUAAAAUCCCCCAAAAAUAAAAUAAUAAAAAUAUGAAUUUCGUAAAGGGACUAAUAAUAUUGACCUUAAAAAUCCCUAAAAAAUAUUUCUUAAAGUAUAGAAAAUAAAGAAUCCUCCAAAAAUAAACAGUAAUAAUAAUAUUUGUUUAAGGGGUUAAUAAUAUUGACCUUAAAAAAUGCAAUAAUUAUUAUAGAAGGGACUAAUAAUAUUAACUUAAAAAAUAAUAAUAAUAAUUUUUCAAAGGGGCUUUUGCCCUUAAAAAUCCCCCACUUAAUAUAAUAUUACUAAUAAUUUAUUUAUGGGAAUAAUAAUAUUGUCCUUUAAAAUACCCCAAAAUAAAAUAAUAAUAAUUUCUCAAAGGACCUAAUAUUACUAUUCCUUCAAAAAUAAAUAUACAACAACAAUAUAUAAUAUUGUAUAUAAUAAUAAUAAUAAUUAUUAAAGGGGCUAAUAACAUUGACCUAAAAAAAAAUACAAUAAUAAUAAUAAUACUAGUUUAUUAAAGGAGCUUAAUAUUAAUUAUAAAGAAAUUCCUAAUAAAAACAUUGACCCUAAAAAAUCCCCCUAAAAUAAAUUAAUAAUAAUAAUAAUAAUUUCAUUAAAGGAGCUAAUCAUAUUGACCUUAAAAUUUCCCCCCAAAAUAAACACUAAUCAUUUCUUAAAGGGACUAACAAUAUUGACUUAAACAGGCAAAGACAAAUAAAUCAGACUGUGUCUAGAGUAAAUAAAUAAUGGGAAAUCUAAAUGACAUUUGAAUUUAAUUUUUCAUUGGAGGGCUGAUAAUCUUCCACUUUAACUGUGUAUAAUCUCAGAUAAAUUAUUCAUUUAUUUUGAUUUUCCUGGUUGUUUUGGGCUGCAAAGACUUUCGUUUUAUUCCUGGUUUCACUUCUUCUAUUUGCUUAUAAAAUGAUGCUGAUUUUAUUCAGACACAUUCACCAGCGUUUAUUAAACAUAUUGCGAAGAUCAGCAACACACACACUUUCAGCAGUGCAUUAUGGGUAAACUGUUAUUUCAGGUGCUUCCACAAUGAACAGCUAAUGUCUUUUGACCAGAAUCCAUCAUGGGGUCCAAAAGUGAAGCCUUGAUUCUGAAGUGUUGGUUUGUUAUUAAUAAUUUGAGUUGUUUUUUCCUGCUAAACUGAACAUGAGAAGCAUCAGAUGUGGACGACGCGCACUUUUGUUUUGAUGGUAGCUCGUCUCGCUGCACAACAGAUCAUUCCAUCAUGUUAUUGUAUUAUAUUUUGCUGGUGUUUCUCUGUAUUCAUUGUGUAAAUACACCUGAACUGUUUUCUAAUUCUGUCUAAGAUGUUUUAUUCAAGGCACAACUAAAUAAAUUUUAUUCCGUUUA